AAAUAUUGAAAACAAAGAAAACUGAAAAAGAACUACAAGAAAUGUUCUAUAGGCUCAAUUCCAUUUUUACCACAACCACAAAGAAAAAGAAGGAAAGAAACUUUGGAAAAUUAUAAGCAUUCGGCAGUUUUUUUGCAAUGCAAAACAAACCUGUGUCAUAAAACUAAUCUUGCACUGUAUGGUAUUUUGUACUGUGACCCUUGAAACGUUAGAUUUUUCCAAUUUCAAUUCAAUUUUAUUCGUAUAGCACUUUUAACAAUGGACAUUGCCAAAAAGCAGCUUGCUGUAUAUGGAUGCAAACAAGAUUAUAUUUCUCAAAUACAUGGUGUUACAAGGUAAGUAGGACAAAGCCCCACUCCAGGAAAUUGCAGCUCCGCCUACUCAUAUAGCAGCUUCCACAGUUUGGUUUCACAGUCAGUCUGAGACUGAGGAGACAUGGCCACGAUGUACUCCAACCUGACAACUGAGGACUACUCUGAAUAUUACGAUCAAAUAUUAGAUGAAAACACACAGCUCUGCAGCAACACCAAUGUAAGUGCUUUUAGCCAAGUCUUCAUACCUGUCCUCUACAGCAUUGUCUUCAUCCUGGGAUUCAUUGGAAAUGGCCUGGUGUUGUGUAUCUUGAUCAAAUAUCGCCAAAGAUCAAAUGUGACAGAUGUGUGCCUCUUCAACCUGGCCCUUUCAGACCUCCUCUUCCUUAUCUCAUUGCCUUUCUGGGGCCAUUACGCCGCCAUCUCUGAGUGGACCUUCGGGGGCUUCAUGUGUCAUGCAGUGACAGCGCUCUACAUGCUGGGAUUCUAUGGAAGUAUCUUCUUCAUGAUCCUCAUGACCUUGGACCGCUACGCUGUCAUUAUCCAUGCCCAUAACUCUCUCUUCUCCAAGCACCAGUCUGUCAGAGCUUGCAUAGCUGUGGCUUCCUUUAUGUGGGCACUUAGCUUGGGAGCUUCUCUGCCAACUAUUAUUUUCUCCCAAGUGAAGAAUGAAUCAAACGGGUGGAUAUGCAAAGAGGAAUAUCCAGAAGGGUCAGCAUUGAAGUUUUUCUCGUACAUUGAACUGAACCUUUUUGGUUUGAUUAUUCCUCUCUCUGUGAUGGUGUUCUGCUACUCGCGCAUCAUCCCCGUCUUAAUGGCCAUAAAAUCUCAGAAGAAACACAAAGCUGUCAGACUCAUCCUGGUCUUGAUAAUUAUUUUCUUCCUCUUCUGGACGCCCUACAACAUCGUCAUCUUCCUGAAGUUUCUGCGUCAAUUAGGCUACAUGAGCACCUGUCAGUGGGAACAGGACCUGCACAUGGCUACUCAAUGGGUGGAAACCAUAGCGUUCAGUCACUGCUGCCUCAACCCCAUAAUCUACGCCUUUGUGGGGCAGAAAUUCAGGAAUUUGGUUCUCAAGAUACUAAAACAGUGGUUUCCUGUUUGCUUUGGUCGGUGCACAAUAAUCGGCAGUGAGUUCUCAGAGAGGAAGGGCUCUAUGUCGUCACGGACCUCAGUGAUUUCCAGCACAAAGAUUGUGUAGUCAAAAGUGCAACAUCUGAAACCUGGAUUAAUCAUUGAAAAUUAAAACUGUAACCAUUACUGUUAAAACAUUGCAUAUAAAUUUGUAAAAAGUUCACAAUUCCAUACUUUGGUUAAAUCCUCCGUAUUAAGUACAGAUACUUUUUAUUGACAUGUUGUCCUUAUGUUUUUUUGUUUUUUUUUACUUAUUUAGUCAUUGUUGUUUAUGUAUAGUUUUUGUGUACUUUAUAUGCUUAGUUUUCCAUUUUUAAAUGAAUUGAGCAUGUAUUGCUUACAGCAUGCAAACGGUGUUGUGAGGCAAUUUUAGAGAUAUAUUUUACUGAAUGUAAAUAGUGCCGUCUCACAUAAUAUGUAAUCAUUUUAUAUCAAGCAUCAUUAAAUCACAUUAAGACUUAAGAAAUCAUUUCUUGUCAUAUAUUUGUCAUACUAUUUGCACAGCAUAAUUGUGUUUCUGAAGCCCCUCUAUUUUCUUGUAUUUUGAAUUAUGAUCCUAAUUUGAGGUUUGAUAUUUCACCCCACUUACUGUAUACAUGAGCCUUGAUGGGAUUAUAAAAAUGUAUUUGGUCGGUAAGCUGAUGAACCCUUUCCUUGAGCUGUGAAAAUAUUAUUAAGACUGGCAAUGCUUGAUGCCACAUCCUGAAUAAUAGCAGAAAAAAUCCCCCUCCGCCACCUCCCCAUGCAGCCAAGCGCUUGUGGCAUACACUAUAUAACAUAAUGUAUUCAACUGUACUAGUUUAUAUGCCUUAAGUAAGAAAUAAAACCAAACAUACUAUUACUGGAAAAUAAUCAAUGAUGGGGUGAUGUGAUGUGGCCUGAUAUGAAGCUGAACAUGACAUGAAGGUACCCAGAGCUCACAUCAUGGCUGAUUCGGAGUCUGUCACUUGCAUCUGCAAGCUGAUAGUUCAAACCCCUCUGGAUGCUGCCAGAACCAGGAUCAAGGUGAGUUGGAAGGGUUCCACCAUGGGGCAUGAAGUAUUGUAUUUACCUUCAGCUCCAAAACCAGUUAUUGUGGCUGAGCCAUGUCUGAUGUCAAUGACUCCAUCUGCUCAGAGAGAGCCUCAAGGCAAUUUCUGGGCUUUUUCCUCCAGCACAACGUCUGAGAAUUUGCGUGUUAGAGGCUUUCCUGGCUGGACCAGGAUUUUAGGCCUGGCCCCCAACCUUGGGUUUUAGGCCAGCUUGCCAUGCCUGUUGAGUUAGCAUUGGCAUAGCCUUGCAUUUGGCACAUGAAGCAUCUGAGUCAAACAAAAUAUAUUUAUUGUAAUAGUUCAUAUACAUUAAGUGAGAAAUAAAACAUUUUGAUGGUGUGCUUUUACUGUUCCCACCCUGAAGCUGAUUAUUUCCCAAUAACAGCACAUCCUGAAGUGUUUUAGUCCUCUUAUGCCACAGUGAUUUGCCAACAAUUUCCAUUUUUAUUUUCUUUAAGAAAUGGCACAUUUUGCAUCAUAUCCAUUUAUAGUUAUAUUUACUGGUGUAAAGUUAAAUAAGUUUUAACAGUUCAGAUACACAAUUAAGGACAAUUAGGGUUCAAGC